AAUCUAUCCAGUGAAUAUAUAUUGUUUGAGAUGUCGGAUAACAAGAAGCUUGAAGGACAGGAUUUACUCAAAACCCCACUACACGGGAUUUACAUUCCCACUAUUUUGUGUAUUGUCGGUACAGCUAUUGUCAAUUAUGAUUAUGUGCCAUACAUGAUUGCACUUUUAGCCUUAUUCUUUGGUUACCAUAUUUUGCGUGUUAAGACACAAAGGCCUGCAUUGUCUUCCUCCAAAUUCCAGGAUUAUGAGCUCAUCGAUAAAACUGUCAUCUCAAAGAAUACAGCCAUUUAUAGAUUCAAACUUGAUCAUGAUUACGAUCAGUUAAGAAUCCCAGUAGGCCAUCACCUUGCCUGUAAGGUGAACGUUGGUGGAAAGGACGAGAUCAGAUACUACACUCCAAUUUCCAACCAGUUUGAUGAGGGAUUUUUCGACAUAAUUGUUAAAUCAUACAAAGAUGGUACUGUUUCUAAAUAUUUUGCCACGCUAAAUCCGGGGGCCAAAGUGCUCUUCAAGGGGCCAGUUGGUAGAAUGUCAUACAAAUCGAACAUGGCUGAUAGAAUUGUAAUGAUUGCCGGUGGUUCGGGCAUAACCCCGAUGUUGGCAGUUUUAGGUUCUAUAAUAACCUCUCCUGAGGAUAAAACGACCGUGAAAUUGUUGUUUGCUAACGAGACAGAAAAUGACAUUUUACUAAGAGAAGAAUUGGACGAGUAUGUCAAGGAAUACCCGGGUUUUGAUUUGAGGUACUUUUUAAAUCAUCCGCCAGCUGCUUGGAAUGAUGGGUAUAAGGGGAUUAUUACUGAAGAAGUAUUGAAAAAAGAGCUACCUAGUCCAAAUGCUAACACCAAGAUCUUUAUUUGCGGUCCUAUGGACAUGAAGAAACAAAUGUUGGAAGCUCUGGAAAACCUCGGAUGGCCAAAGGGCACUCUUCAGUCCAAACAAGAUGACCAGGUUUUCUGUUUCUAAAAAAGUUAACUCUAUGUAGUGCUUACCAAAUAUUAUACUCUACUCUGUAGAUUUAUAGAAUUAUGAUUACAUUAGUGCGUAUAAUGAAUGCGUUAGGCGGAGAGAAGGAGAG